UGAUAUUUAGAAGAAUAAAAAGCAAACCCAAACUUGAAAGCAACCACCAAACCAAACAGAUGAUUUGUCAGUCAAAACAAAGUUAAUAUCACUGAUAUAUGAUGAAACUCAAAAAACUCGAGUAGUAUAAUUCUUCAGUAUAUACCUUCAAUUGUAAUCUUCUCUCUCUCUCUUCUUUCUCUCUCUAAUUCCGCCGCCGCCGCCGACGGAAAAAAUGGGUUUAAUCCGGCGGAGCCGUUUGGUUUUCGCCGUCUUCGCCUAUCUUCUAGUUUCCUCCGCCGUCUCUCACUCGUUCCCCUUCCCUAAAAAGGAAAAGCACAAAAUCGAAGGCCCAAUCAAAACCCUAGUAGUUCUCGUUAUGGAGAAUCGCUCCUUCGAUCACAUCCUAGGCUGGAUGAAGCGCACCCGACCCGACAUCGACGGCCUCACCGGAUCCGAAUUCAACCGGGUCAACGCGUCCGACCCGAAUUCCCGACCCGUUUAUGUCUCCGACGAGGCUUUCUUCAUCGAUUCCGACCCGGGCCACUCCAUCCAAGCCAUAAGGGAGCAGAUAUUCGGCGGCGCCGACACCUCCGCAAACCCUGCCCCGAUGAACGGGUUCGUGCAGCAGGCCGAGAGCAUGGAGGCCGACGGAAUGUCGAAAACCGUCAUGAGCGGGUUCAAACCGGAGUUGGUGCCGGUUUACACCGAGUUGGCAAACGAGUUCGCCGUUAUGGACCGGUGGUUCGCGUCGGUUCCCGCUUCGACUCAGCCGAACCGGUUCUACGUUCACUCCGCCACCUCGCACGGCGCCUCCAGCAACGUGAGGAAAGACCUGAUCAACGGGUUCCCACAGAAGACGAUUUUCGACUCAAUUGACGAAAAUGACCUCAGUUUCGGGAUAUAUUACCAGAAUAUCCCCGCCACUCUGUUCUUCAAGAGCCUUAGGAAGCUCAAGCACAUCAUCAAAUUCCACGACUACGCGCUGAAGUUCAAACUCCACGCGAAAACGGGGAAGCUGCCGAACUACGUCGUGAUCGAGCAGAGGUACUUCGACGUGGAGGUGUGCCCGGCGAACGACGAUCAUCCCUCGCACGACGUGGCGCACGGGCAGAAGUUUGUGAAGGAGGUUUACGAGACGCUUAGGGCGAGCCCGCAGUGGGAGGAGAUGGCUCUUUUGAUUACGUAUGACGAGCACGGUGGAUUUUACGAUCAUGUCCCUACCCCUGUUUCCGGUGUGCCGAAUCCCGAUGGGAUAAUCGGGCCUGACCCGUUUUAUUUCAAGUUCGAUCGGCUUGGUGUUCGUGUUCCCACUCUCUUGAUUUCCCCCUGGAUUGAGAAAGGCACUGUGAUUCAUGAACCGAGCGGUCCAACGACAACCUCGCAAUUUGAACACUCGUCGAUUCCUGCUACAGUAAAGAAGCUUUUUAAUCUUAAUUCGAACUUUUUGACUAAAAGGGAUGCAUGGGCUGGCACCUUUGAGAAAUACUUCUAUUUGCGUGACACUCCUCGGGAUGACUGUCCAGAGAAACUUCCGGAAGUUAAGACAUCACUAAGACCACAUGGACCAAAAGAAGACCUAAAACUGACGGAAUUCCAAGUGGAACUAAUACAGCUAGCAUCACAGCUCAACGGCGACAGUAUCCUAAACUCGUACCCGGAUAUCGGAAGAGAGAUGACAGUUGGCAAAGCUAAUGCAUACGCAGAAGGUGCAGUUAAAAGAUUUCUAGAAGCUGGGCGAACU